AUGGAGGAACAGCACCCUCCACAGACACACCAUCACUUUCCCCCACUCUGGCCUUCCAGUUCCAAGCCCAAACUCUUUGGCAAACACUGCUACAUCCUUAUGGCAUUCCAGGCUGCACAGGCAGGAAUUCCCUUUGACGGUGGGCUGCGCUGCCUCUGCUGGAAGAUACUCCUGAACUACCUCCCUUUAGAGAAAGCCUUAUGGAGCUCUUUGCUGAAGAAACAGAGGGAUCUGUAUUCCCAAUUCCUAAAGGAAAUGAUUAUUCAGCCUGGGAUUGCCAAAGCCAACCUGGGUGUUUCUAGGGAAGAUGUGACCUUGGAAGAUCACCCUCUCAAUCCCAACCCAGACAGUCGAUGGAAUACUUACUUCAAGGAUAACGAAGUGCUUCUCCAGAUAGACAAAGAUGUCAGGAGGCUGUACCCUGACAUGGCGUUCUUCCAGCGCCCCACAGACUAUCCCUGCCUGCUGAUCCUGGACCCCCAGAAUGAGUUUGAGACCCUGCGCCGGCGGGUGGAGCAGACCACCCUCAAGUCACAGACGGUGGCGCGGAACCGCAGCGGGGUCACAAAUGUGAGCUCCCCUCUUAAAACCACACCGAGCUCUCUGAGUGAGUACGAGGUUCUGCCCAACGGCUGCGAAGCUCACUGGGAGGUGGUGGAGCGGAUCCUCUUCAUCUAUGCCAAGCUGAACCCUGGGAUAGCCUAUGUUCAGGGGAUGAAUGAAAUCGUGGGGCCUCUCUACUACACCUUUGCUACAGAUCCUAACAGUGAGUGGAAAGAGCAUGCUGAAGCAGACACGUUUUUCUGCUUUACCAAUCUCAUGGCUGAAAUUCGGGACAACUUCAUUAAGAGUCUGGAUGAUUCUCAGUGUGGUAUUACCUACAAAAUGGAGAAGGUCUACUCCACCCUGAAGGAGAAAGAUGUAGAGCUGUAUUUGAAACUGCAAGAGCAGAACAUCAAACCCCAGUUCUUUGCCUUCCGCUGGCUGACCCUGCUCUUGUCCCAAGAGUUCCUGCUGCCAGAUGUCAUCCGUAUCUGGGACUCCCUCUUCGCCGACGACAAACGCUUCGAUUUCCUGCUGCUUGUCUGCUGUGCCAUGUUGACACUAAUCCGGGAUCAGUUGCUGGAAGGAGACUUCACUCUGAACAUGAGGCUGCUACAGGAUUAUCCUAUCUCUGAUGUCCAUCUGAUUUUGAAGAAGGCAAAGGAACUUCAAGAUUCCAAAUAGUUCAUGAGCCUAACAAAAGGUGUCAGAGAAACUGUGUGGCAGUGGAUCCCAGGAGAUGCCCCCAUGCAGUGUGGUGCACUAAAGUUCCUAGUGGUCUCUGCAGGACUUCAGGUUUUAUGUUUGGGCUACUGGCCACCUUGAAGACUUCCUCCUACUCUAUUUAUUAGGUCAAGGACCGAUUACUUCCCCAUAUACUUGGGUCCUGCACUCCAGAUGUUUUCAAAUCUCAAAUGCCUCUACGCUGCCAAAAGCAGUUAUUUGUAUCUAUUGAAAUGACUUUUAAGUUUGGAGAGACAGAAACCACCUGUCUGCAUAUCCCUGGAGGGGAUGGACUCCUCCAUCUUGGAAGAAGCUCACAUGGAGUUAACUUCUGAUGGGGAAGGGAC